CCUGGUUCCAACUGGCCAGUUCCAACACACUGCAGAUUCUCGGAAAGGCCGCCGCGGUAGUCUGCUGAAGCAAAGGUGCAUCAAUUUCAAAGUCGAGGAGCAGCUGAGAUUGUGCUGAGAUUCAGCUAUCUAGAAGCAAAGGAGCUCAGAGUUGUUCUCAGCGGUACUGCUUUUUGCGGCCCAGCUUGCUGUCCUGCCAAUGCGAGGGCCCCACAGAAGUAGGACUCGUGGUGUUCUGAUACAAGGCGUACUCUGUGAAGUUCACCGCGAAAGUACAUCGCAGAAGUCUUCUGUCGACUUUCUCAGCAGCUCGUGCUGAUGCAGCUUUCAAUGAAAGCUGCAAUGUCCUCUUGAAGCUAAUUGUGUCCUCUAAGGCUGCGGGUGGCAGCAAGCUACGAGUCCGAGGUGGCGCUUAGCUGGCCUUGUCCUGUGCCACAGCUUGGUGCCUCAGAAUGCAGACCGCAAUGGCCUCACUCUACUCUCUGCUUAGCCAGCUGCAAGCUCAAGUGGCAGCACUGCACGUGUGGACGUCCAGACUGAAGUUGUUUGGACCAGAGAAGCCAAAAGUGGUGAUUGUUGGUGCUGGCCCUGGGGGCUUGAAUGCUGCCAGGGGUCUGAAUGGACAUGCUGAUGUCACAAUCAUUGAUGGGAAGGACUACCACGAGCUGAAUUCAGGUACGCUCCAGACCUUCGUCGCACCACACCAGCACAAGAAGGUGCUCAUUGAUUAUGAGGACAUUCCAGACAUAGGUCGGAUGGUCAAGGGGCGCGUCCUUGCAGUGCAUGAAGACCAUGUGACAGUGGACAACGGCGCGCUGACAGGGCCCUGGGACCUUGCGUAUGAGUGGCUCAUCCUUGCGCCUGGGUCAACGUAUGCGGAAGGUCCUAUCAAGGCCUUCUGCCACUCGCUCGAGGAGCGCCAGAACAUCAUUCAGCAAGAGCACGCUCGGCUGCGAUCUGCCACACGUAUUCUUAUCAUUGGAGGGGGCAUAGUGGGGGUUGAAUUAGCAGGGGAGGUCUUAAGUAAAAUGCCAAACAAGAAGAUCACUCUGCUUACAUCUGGAGAGCGGCUGAUUGCCGACAAGCCUGCGGAGAUUGGGGUUGCGGCGAAGGAUCAUCUCGAAAGACAAGGAGUAGAGAUCCACGUGAACACUCGUGCUUCAAAGAACGCGGACGGGGUGUACUCCACCGCCGACGGCCGAAGCUUCGACGCUGAAAUCGUAUACAUGACCGUUGGCGGAAAACCGAACACCGACUUUCUGAAAGGGGGGCUGGUGCCGCUGAACACGAAAGGCUUUAUUGAGGUGACCGAAUGCCUACAAGUAAAGGGCUACCACAACAUCUACGCGGUUGGAGAUGCGACCGACAUCAAAGAAACGAAGCUCGGAUAUCUGGCGGCCGCUCAUGGGCGUUUGACAGCGAUGAAUCUGAGGCGACGCUUUCGGUAUGGAGAUGCUGCGGAGCAACAAGUAUGGAUUCCAUUUGGCGGCUUUGAGUUCGUGACAGGGGAGGCUAUGAUGUUCACGCUCGGCCGUCCUGAUGGAGUAGCGCAUGCUUCCUUGAUGGCACGCUUGAAGCGGAUGGGAAGGGACGGCUGGUUCUCGGGCUGGCUUAGGGCGAAGGAAAAGUACACUGUUACCACGCGGCAGAAUCUGGGGGUUCCCGAGCUUGAGCCCGUUGCAAUAGCGAAUCCCAAGGCUGGAGCCUAAGUUGUAUUCUAGUUGAUGCACACGGAGAUGUAUUCUAAAGAAUUGGAUGCGGGAGUCUAGGUUGUAGUUUAGUCGAUGCACACGGAGGGAUUUAUUUAAUUCAAGUGGAGCACAGAGCAAUGCAUGCAAGUCUCGCCCUCGGUGUGCUAUUCAAAGAAUUGUGCUUCUGCGCGUGUGUUUGCAACUGUGAUAAACGCAACUCCAUCCUUUAAGGCGGGUACAUCGGGCG